AUGAUAGUCUGGGUUCAGCUCCCGGCUUUCCCGGUCCACUUCUACCACAAGGAAGUAUUGUUCUCCCUGGGGAACAUGAUCGGACGCACCAUUAAACUGGAUUAUCACACCCUUCAUCAGCAGCGAGCAAGAUUUGCAAGAAUGGCGGUGGAAAUUGACCUGUCCAAGCCACUGGUUACAAGGGUUCGGCUUGAUGGAGCUUGGCAAUACUUGGAGUAUGAGAAUCUUCCGAUGUGCUGUUUCGAGUGUGGGAAAAUCGGCCAUACUAAGGAGACUUGCCCUAACCUGAAACCCCCUUCUCCGCAGCUGAGCAUUGUGAUGGCAGGGGGCACGCCGGCGCCGGAGACAGCUCCCACACCGGAAGAGAAGCCAGGUUUCGGACCGUGGAUGAUCGUCACCCGAAAAUCGCGGCGUGGAGGCAGCAACACAAGAAAAGGAAACCCGGAUUCCUCCAAUAAUGAAGACGCUAAUCAAGGAAAUAAUGGAAAGGGAAAGUUUACCGGGAAAGAGAGCCACUCCACCACCGAACAAUCUCACGGAGGCAAACGCGCGGGGCUUCAACGGACGGAUGGGGGAAACAGGGGAGAAAAAUUAGGGAUUGAUCGGGUGGUUUUGACAGAGACAAAAGGGAAAGAGGCCAUGGAAGUCUCAACGGGAAAGGACAAACUUAAAGGGAUUCUCGGGCCAGUCCCCCAUAGGCAGCAGGCCGGCUCUCCACGGCCCAAAAACGCCCCAACUAAAAUGGAUGGGCCGUCGAGUUCAGGCGCCAAGUCCACGCACUCCUCUAGCCCACGAAAAAAGCUUUUUGCUGGAAUGGAUCAAGCCCCAAAGCCCCCCUCUUUGACAACCAUAACGAGUUCCAGUGGGACUACCAUCCAGCUGGUCAUUCCGACCCAACCGGAAACCAACCCCGACCAGCAAAACGCGGAUCCCUCACCAUCUGCUUCUGCUCGCACAAAAAGCCAGAAAAGACUGCGGAAGAAACAAAAAUCUCCGGGCAAAGCCGCAAGGCCGAUCACAACAAAGGCGCUUCAAAUUUGGACGCCUGUGAAGGAGAGGAAAUCCAAAGCUCGGUCGAAGCUUGCGACGCUAACGCUCCAGGAGAUUGAGGCGUGGACGGGUGCGGCCAAUCGGACAGGGGAUGUCGAUCGGAGCGAGAUCACCGCCGGCGACAAUGACACGACGGCAAAAGAGAAGGCCUCCCAGCCUAGCACCAAAUGA